AUGUACAUUUCAACUUCCAAACUCCCUCCUCCUUCAACUAUCACUAAAAAACCAUUACUCAGCCGUAUAUACUAUGUGACCGCAGAAAAUCUACAGCGCUUGCAGAAACUCGCUGGUGCGACUAGCAAUGGUAAUAGAAAGGCUACGAAGCUUGAGUGUUUCUCUGCAUACUUGUGGAAGUUGGUUGCUCGUGCAGCUAUAAAGGAGGAUGGUAAAAUGGGGAUUUCUAAAAUGGGUAUAGUGGUUGAUGGAAGAAAGAGACUUGGAGAAAUGGUCAACUAUUUUGGAAAUGUUCUUUCAAUACCUUUUGGUGCAAAAUCUGUGGAGGAGUUGAUUGAUAAACCAUUAGGGUGGGUGGUUGAUGAGGUUCGUGAGUUUGUAUCUAUAGCAACAACAAAAGAGCAUUUCUUAGGACUCAUUGAUUGGGUGGAAAUGAAUAGACCUAUCCCUGGAUUGGCUAAGAUUUAUUGCGGUGGCUCUAACGAAGAGCCAGCUUUUGUGGUUUCUUCCGGACAAAGAUUUCCGGAAGAAAAAGUGAACUUCGGGUGGGGGGAAGUUGCGUUUGGAUCUUACCAUUUUCCUUGGGGAGGUGAAGCUGGUUAUGUGAUGCCAAUGCCAAGUCCUUUAAGGAAUGGAGAUUGGGUUGUGUACAUGCAUCUUUUGAAACAACAUUUGGAGAUCAUAGAGUCCAAGGCAGGCCACGUCUUUGUCCCCUUAACUUGGGAUUAUCUCAAUCAGUGA